AUGGCAAAUUCGAAUCCUCGUGACGCUGCAAUAAUGAAGAUUAAAGCAAAGAUGGAGAAGGCACAUCCUCUCUUUACAGAUGAAUGCUGCAUCUAUAGGGUGCCUCAUGAGAUUCGCAAGCUCAACGAAGAUGCAUACACUCCAAAGGUUGUUUCAAUUGGUCCUUUUCACCAUGGAAACGAAAAGUUGCUAAACAUGGAGGGCCAGAAAACAAUGUAUUUCAAAGAAUUCAUUGAAAGAACCGAGACGAAGAACCUGGAAAGUUUUGUGAGUUGCGUGCAAGAACUGGAGCCAAAGGUUCGUGGUUGCUACUCAGAUGACAUCAAGCUUAGCGAGGAAGAACAUGUUAUGGAAUGGGCUAGGAAUGGGCUAUCCUUAACCAAUGUUGGUAGAAUAGCUCAUUUCACAGACCUAACAAGAAAGCUUCUGUUAUUAUCUUCUGACUUAUCAAUCUCUGAAUGCUCAAGAGAAGCACAGGUAACACACCUCUAUACUGCAACUCAGCUGAGGGAAGCAGGAGUGAAGUUUGAGGUAAACAAAGCUAGUAACUGCUUACUAGACUUGCAACUUUCUGGUCAUACUCUUAGAAUUCCAUUCAUCAGAGUGGAGGACUCUACCGAAGAAGUUUUGAGAAAUUUGUUAGCUUUCGAGCAAUGUCACUGUAUCUACAAAUCCUACCUCACUGACUACAUCCUUAUCAUUGAUUUUCUUAUCGACACAGACAAAGAUGUGGAUUUGUUGAUUAAGAAUGGAAUAAUUGAAAAUCGGUUAGGUGAUAGCAUUGCUGUGGCUAAAAUGUUCAAUGGUCUUGCAGUGAACAUUUUGACUUCAGGUCUUAAUGAGAAAUAUUCUUGUAUUCUUAAAGGCUUGAAUGAUUUCUGUGAGAAGCCUUGGAACAGAAAAGUAGCAACUUUGAAGCGCGACUACUGCAACACUCCGUGGAGGACGGUAGCUUCCAUUGCUGGUAUUUUUCUGCUUAUUCUCACUGUUGUUCAGACAGUAUUCUCGAUCCUCCAAGUUGUACUCUAG